AUGCGUCAGUUCAAAACAGUUGAGUAUGAAGGCGAUUCUGGCUCUAUUAUUUCGACCAGAAAAGCUCGAACAGUCGAGCUUAGAGACUGUUCAAAUGUCACUUGGGAGGGUAUGAGAGACGGAACGGGUGAAGUUCGUGCAACUGAAAGCUGUCAGGAUAACAGACCAGAGCUUUAUUCAAGAGUUUGGCCGCGAAGAAGUUCCACUACUAUCAAGCAGGAUGCCGUUCAUCAGAAGUCUAGGAGGAGAUCCGCCACGGUGAGUGUUCCUCUACCUUAUUUGGAAAAGCAGUUUGGGGAUUUGGAUUUGUAUACAGUCGAAGAGGUUUUUCAUCCGUCUGAAACGUCCUUUGAAGGUCGGGAUCCGCGAAACAGUAGCCUAGAGACCUCAUCGCAAUCAGAGGUUGACGAUGGCGCGCAACUAAUAUCAGAACGGCAAUUGGCACACAUGAGAGAUGAUUUAAAUCCAAGCAAUCCACAAGCCAUAUCAGCAGAAAGGCAAAGCACACAAGAGGUACAAGAGACUUACAUUGGAGAGCAAGAAUGUGUGAUCAUUGAGGAUGUUGAGGUUAUUAAUUUGAAUAACGAAAAUGAAAGCACUACGGGCAACCCUGAACCUAUAGAAGAAAAAGCACCAUUAGAGACCGCUUCAUCUGGUUUUAACCGCCAUAAACCAAAUAGAUCUGCUGAAAAGGGAACAACUCAUUAUAGGAAUAGAUCAAGCGGCGGUGCUUUAAGCGCUGAUACCUUUACCCGAGUUGCACGGAGCCUUCACUCAAGCUCAUUAGAGCAGGGUGUCUGCAACGGCUUAAAGGUUCUCACUGGUGAAGGAUCUGAGCAAAUGGCUCGUCAAGAAGCAGAAACUCGCAUGCAAGUGUGUCAAGAAGUUCUACAGCCAGUAACAUUGACAGCACUCGACAAUUCAACCAAUGCUAAUUCUUCCGCGUUGCAAACUCACGUUUGUGACUGUGAAGGCAUUCAAAUAACAAAUCUGAAACCAGCUCUGAUUGAAAAAGAAGCUUUUUCAACAGAUGUUCCAUGCAGCGCUAGUACGACGUCCAUUCAUAGGCCUUUAAGGGAACUAAUCAAUAAGACAAAUAAAACAUGCUAUCAAGUCGACUCUAGUAAGGUAAGAUAUAAAGCAGGUCUCUCUAAGAACACUUCGUUGCGCGUACCUCACCUGCACGCCAAAUUCGAUAGGGAGAAGUAA